AAGCCAUUCUAGUCUCUCUAUGCGAGAGUGGGUGUUAAAGUAUCUGAAGAAAACAAGAAAAUGUUUGAAGUGCAAUCUUUGCGAUUUAUAGUCCUUUUCCUUGGAUCAAGUGCGCUAACUCGAGCACAAAUAGAUACAAUCAACAACAUUCCCACCAUAUUUGAGGGUAAACUGGAAUGGGCCACGGUUCGUCAACCGGAUUGCAAUUCCUUUGAAGUGACCAUGCGAUAUGAUUGCUUGGAGGACCCCGAAUAUCCCUUUCCCAAUGCUUCGGAGUUUAGCCGCGUCUGCGACGGACUAAUCUCAGAAGGAUUAGCUUUCCAUUAUGAGCAACCAAUUUGGCUUGGCGACCAGAGGUAUGACGUCACCGUUGUUCCUGUUAGGGCUCAAGAGGAGAUCCAACCCAUUGUGCUUCCCUACUCAUGUGGGCGUGGAAGUAAUUUCUUGAUCCUUCCCGCUAUUAUUCCCUUUUGCAACACCAGUUUGGAAUCGCAUUUUAAACAUACUGUGGCCCACGAAUUUGGUCAUGCUAUCAUUGCCACCAGUAAGGGUCUCUACCACAGUCUUACCCACAAAGGUUCCAGUACAAUCCUGCAAGACUCCAAUGCUCGCGCCCCAAAAGCCAUUUGCGAUGGAUCCCAACGGAUGGAUAUCAUGUACUACCAUGAGAGCUACGAUUCCAGUUGUUAUGAAGUCUUGGAGAAACGUCGAGGGGAUGCCUAUUAUGAAAACGGAUUUCUAACCGAGCCAGACCUCCAAGCUCUCGUCAUGAAUGCCCUUUAUCAAGAUGAAGUGGCGUGGGACGAUUGCGGUUUGGGCUUGGGACAAAACUGUACUACCACUUUGGGAUAUCAAGAUUGCUUGCCAGGGCUAGUAUGUGGCGAGGAUUCAAUGUGCAUCGAGUGUAUGGCCGACGAGAUGUGUCCAGAUGACCAGUACUGUUUUGGCAUUCAUUCAGACUUGAUUCACGUCACGAAGUGCGUGGAUAAAAUGUUGGGUGGGGCAAUUUGCAAUCGAGACAUGGAGUGCCAAUCCCAUUCCUGUUCCUCCGAACUAUGCUUAGAUGUAGACACCGCUGAUACAUAACUUUCCUCUUAGACACUUAUUACAUUAAAAGAUGCUUUUUCUUAA